AUGGAUGAUGGUAUGGCUUGUAUUUGUCAAGGAAUUUGGCUUAUUGGAUAUGAUGAACGAAUAAAUCGAAGUAGUAUUGAAGCGCUUGCACGUACAAGUCUUUUUCGUCAAGUUAUUAUUAUUGUUAUACCACCACAGCUUGAUAAUAUGCAUAUUGAUACUGUUCUUUCUAUAGUUGGCAAACACACAUUUACUUUACAUAGUUUAUUAGCUAAUUAA